GCUUCAUCUUUUACGUCCGCAGUGACCGUCCAAAAGGCGGUGCUUCCUUUAUCAGUGGAAGACGCGUAUUGCGACGUGUCAGAUGCUAGAUUCGGGCCUUUGUCUUCUUGGUCGGUGAUUUGAUGUGUUGGCAGGGCAUGACGACUCGGGCAAGAUAGCAAUCUUGAAACGCUAACGCGUUUGCCUAUUUCCUGCUCCAAAGCAGUGAUUGCGAUUUGUAUGCCUGCAGAGCGAAGGUCAUGGUGCUUCAUAGACAUCCGAACUUCCACACAUGUGUCCCCGUAGUUCGAUAGAAUGCCGUAUUUCCAACAACGUCCCCCUCCUCCUCGAUUCAAGCAUGGCGUAGAAACGGUGCCUUUGACCAAGCCUAUCCAAACAAAUGUCCGUCCAAAUGCCUCGAAGCAUUGGGAUGCAAGCCACUGGGCACUAUUCGUCUUCGAGGACAUACCCGUAGAGACUAUCAACAAAGCCAUCCAUGCCAUCUGCCCUGAUCCGCAAGACGACGACCUCAAUUACUGGCUCGCCGACCACACUCACAACGUCGCUGAAGCCUCAUCCCUUGUCCUCCCUCCUACUUGGACCCCCCCAUUUCUGGGCCAAUCCAUCGAACAGGCCUUUGCCUUUCUCGCCGACAUUCCAGAAGACAUCACACUCAAUAGAGAAUACAUCGCCGUCCUAGACAAACACUUUUUGGAGGGAAACGGUUGGGUGCUGAUCUAUCAUCUUGAUGGAGAAGGAGUCAUCACUUGUGUUCCUUGUGUUCUUGAACUGUGUAACAUGCUCCCUGGAAACGUGAAUUUUCACGAAGGCACGUGGAAGACGGAUUUGGAGGAUUGGAAAGAUCGAGGUAAUGUCAUGUUCGGUGGUGAACGGAUGGAGAAAUCGAGAGUAUUGGGUAGACAGACACUGGAAGAGACGACGAGCUAGCAAAAGAGCUUGGUUUGCUUUCUAUUCGUGCUAUGCUGGACUGAGUAUACAGUAUGGUCAUCUGUGAUGGCUUCUAUUCCAUAUCUUGCUAGCAAUCUCAUAUCUUGUCGUCAUGUCCUAGCGCGCACGGCACAAGGAUUUUUGGAAUUCCUCUCGAGCUCAAUAGCCCGGUUCAUCGUUCCAGUACAGCGUAUCUGCUUGCACUUCCGG